AUGGCUUUGUCAACUGCCCCUUCUGCUGUAGUGUCUUUACUGCUAAGCAUCACCAUAUUUGCUCUUUUGCAAAUAUUCAAGUCAGACAUUGCUUCCAAAGAGUACUUAACAGUGGCUGGCGGUUUUAUUGGCUCUUUGUUUUUUAUAACUUUGCUCACCUUUACCAGCAACAUUGAAACAUUAGCAUUUGGAAAAGGAUUCCAGACACAACUCUUUCCAGAAGUAAUUCUGUGUUUGUUUACUGCACUUUUUGCAUCUGCAUUAGUACACAGAGUGUGUGUAACCACUUGCCUGAUAUUUUCUCUUGUGGCUCUUUACUACAUCAAUCGCAUUUCCCAGACCAUAUAUGCACCACCAGUAACUGCCACAAGUGCUGGCAUCUCCAAGAAAAGGAAGUAG